UUUUUCAGGCUUCGAACGGUGGAAUUUGAGUAGAAAAAGGAAUAUCUAAAGAAUGAGCAAAAAUAAUAUUGUAUCAAAGCCAAAAGAAACGAAACAGUGCAAGAUGAAGAAUGGAAUUCUAGGAAGUAAAAAGGAGAGUUGUAAUUUAAAAGAAAAUAGUUUUUUAUUAAGUCAUUCUGUCGAUAAUACGAUAAAAGAUCAGGAAUGCAAGACAUGUUCACCAAAAGAUGUACAGUGGCCGCUGAAGUGCUCAGGAAGAGUUAUUUAUGCAUGCACGUCCAUUCCAUAUAAGUCAUUUUUUAAUCCUAAAAACGGGAAUUGGAGAUUCCAUCCAAGAAGAGGGGAAUCAUCAUUGUUUGCAUCUAUUUCAUGGCUUUCGAAAGAGACUGAUUGGAAGACAAAGUUAGUUGGAUGGACGGGGGAAAUUACGCUCGAUUUCCCUCAAGAAGUAUCUACAGGUUUAAAUAAAGGAAAUACAACAAACAAUACAAAUGCAGUAGCAUUAAGUGCAAAGGAUAAAGAGAAUUUUUUAGAAUGUUUUUCAAAAGUUUACACAGAAGAGAUUAUACCUAUAUGGAUGCUUCUGGAUUCGAAAGAUGCACGCUCAGGAGAAACGAUUGAGCAACAAUCUCGAUGGAGGAAGUAUCCAAAUACAGUAUUAUGGCCAUUAUUUCAUUAUCGCCUAUGGAACAAUACAACUGAUGAAUGGAACGAACAAACAUGUUGGGAAAACUACAUUAAAUUCAACGAAGCGUAUAUGGAUGCUAUUUCAAAGAUUUACGAGCAAGGAGACAUUGUAAUUAUUCAUGAUCAUUAUCUUUUAUUACUACCUCGACUUAUUCGUCAAAAAAUACCUAAUGCAUACGUGGGGCUUUUCUUGCAUGGCCCUUUUCCAAGUUCAGAAAUUUUUCGUUGUCUUCCAAAACGGAAGGAAAUAUUAAUGGGAAUGCUUGGUGCAAACAUGAUUGGAUUUCAAAGCUACUCUUUUUCGAGGCAUUUCGUUAGUACUUGUACGCGAGUUUUAGGAUUUGAUUCAAUCGGGAAGGGAAUUGACGUAAAUGGUGCUUAUGUGGCUAUAGAAGUACUUCCAAUGGGGAUAGAUGCUCAGUAUGUUGAAAAAGAGUCUCAAGCUCAAAAAACGCAAGAAAAAAUGCAAUUCAUUAGAGAAUUAUAUUCAAAUAAAAAAAUACUUAUUGGAAGUGCAAAAAUAUACGAAGUCCAAGGUGUAUUGCAAGGAUUAAAAGCCUUUGAAAGUUUUUUAAAACAGUUUUCUAAGUGGAGAAAUCAAGUUGUAUUUAUUCAAGUUACGUCGCCUGUAAACGAUGAUACAUCAAAAUUUGAAAAACAAGUACAAGAUUUAGUUGCUGAAAUAAACGGGACAUAUGGGUCAUUAGAAUUUACACCUGUACAUCAUUAUCAUCAAUAUUUAGAAAAGGAUGAAUAUUUUGCACUUUUAAGAUCAGGAGAUGUAGGAAUAAUUACUGCUAUUAGAGAUAGUAUAAACACAACAAGUUUAGAGUACGUUAUUUGUCAAAAAGAAAGCAAUGGACCUUUAUUACUGUCAGAAUUUUCAGGGACAAAAGAUGCUCUUCAAGAUGCAAUUCAAGUUAAUCCAUGGGAUGUUACGGACACAGCGAAAAAAAUCAAUGAAGCACUUUGUAUAUCCGAAUCAGAAAAGAAAACACGUCAAAUUAAACUAUAUAAUUAUGUUACUAAAAAUACUAUUCAAACAUGGACUUCAUCAUUUAUAUCAAGAUUACUAACAAAUUUAGCAACUUUUAAUUAUAAUCAAGUUACACCUGUUAUUGAUACGACAUUAUUAAUAGAUACCUAUCGUAAAGCAAAUAAUCGCUUAUUUUUAUUUGACUAUGAUGGAACAUUAACACCAAUUGUUAAAGAUCCUCUUAUUGCUGUCCCAUCUCGACGACUUAUACAUGUUUUACAAGCAUUGGCAGAGAAUUCUAAAAACCAAGUAUGGAUAAUCUCUGGACGCGACCAAAAUUUUUUAGCACAAUGGUUUGAUAAUAUUCCUCAAUUAGGACUAAGGUAAGAUUUUAUGCUAUAAGCUAUUCAACAAUUAAACUACCAGCGCUGAACAUGGCUGUUUUAUGCGUUUUCCAAAUACAUUUGAUUGGGUAGAUCUCACAGAAAACAUGGAUUUAUCAUGGCAAGAAGAAGUUUAUAAAAUUUUCGAAUAUUAUACAGAACGUACUCAAGGCUCGUUUAUUGAACAAAAGAGAUGCACACUUACAUGGCAUUAUCGUCGUGCAGACCCUGAUUAUGGUCUUUUCCAAGCAUUGGAAUGCCAAAAUCAUUUAGAAAGUCUUAUUACCUCAAAUUAUGAUGUAGAAGUAUUAAAUGGAAAAGCAAAUAUAGAAGUUCGACCUUUUUUUAUCAACAAAGGCAGAGUAGCAAAUCAGCUAUUAAAUAUGUACAAAGACGAAAAACCGGAUUUCGUCUUUAGUGCAGGAGAUGAUAAAACAGACGAAGGUAAUCCAACUUAAACUUUUCUAAAAAAAAUAUUAAAUUAGGAGAUAUGUUCCGCGUUUUGAAACAAAGACAUGAUUUAAAAGAUAAAGCAUACUUCACAGUGACUAUUGGAGCAUCAAAUAAGGCUACAGCAGCUAAUUGGCAUCUUCCAGAGCCAUCAGAAGUCCUUUCUGUACUAGAACUGCUUGUUGAUAUUAGAUCCUUAAAUAACCCUGUUCAUUUUACCCAAUUACCAAAAUGUAAAUUAACAUCUUAAUUUCAACACAAAAAAAACAAAUAUAUAUCCAACUACCCACAACGACCAUC